UCUCUACUAUCGACUAGAGAGAGGAGAGAAGCAUCGAAAAAUAUCGAGUGGCGCCCCGUCCGAAGCAUCAGGAAAGCACAUAUUCUCUUUCCUCUUUCUCUCAAGCUCCAGCAAUGGCGACCACGAUGAAUGAGGAAAACCCUAGAGGAAGCGUCGACCAACAACAACAACAAGAAGAGGCGCCUUCAGAUCCUACCAGCAGGAGCGACGCCGCUUCGUCGAUUCGCCAACAGUUACCUCCGUCCGCCACCGUCGCGGACUCGUCUCUCAAGGACGGCGGGGAAUCGAAGGUUGCGGCCGCGAAGGGCGGCGACGGAAAGGACGAUCCAGUUACCGAUACUCAGAAGAAGAUCCGCCGAGCCGAGCGGUUCGGCACGCCCGUCCAGCUUUCCGAAGAAGAGAAGCGCAAUUCACGAGCCGAAAGAUUUGGCACUGGGCCUCUGCAUGGGUCAGACACAUCGAAGAAAUCAGAGGAGCAGAAGAGGAAAGCCAGAGCAGAGAGGUUUGGGCUUGUCCAGUCAGAGCCCUCUGACGAGGAGGCAAAGAAGAAGGCAAGGCUGGCCAGAUUUGGAACAGUCCCUAAGGCAGAUCCAGUGGAAGAAGACAAGAAAAAAGCAAGGGCUCUAAGGUUUUCACAGCCCCCAUCUGAUUCUCUAUCACAAGUGAAUGGCAAAGGAAAUAAUGUUGAAAUUAAGACAGCUAUUGCUGGCAAUGCUGGUGGGGGAACCUAGAUGCUCUAUCUUUUCUUUAUAGUAAGAUCUGUUCAAAGGUUUAGAGUUUUUACAUUUUGCAGCUUCCUCAGCAGCCUCUCUAGUCAUGUCUACCCUCUGGAAUAUGAAUUCCUGGAUUGAGCCCUCCUCCAUUCUUGGAUGACUUGUCAUUAGGUCUGGCAGCAGGGAGAAGCUUUUACUUGUCUUAGAUGUAUCUAUUUACCUGGUGAGGCCCUGGAUAGUCAACAACUCAUUAGUAUAGCCAUAUCUGAAAUGAUGGAUCCGGAAUACCAAAAGUACUGAAACUAUGGCCUGGGUAGUAUUUGGUCGGCUUCCAGAGUUUCUGAUAUAAAAAACACUAUGCUGAAACAACUGAUUGCUAAUUUGGUUCUUGUGUAUUACAUCACCCUUAUUUUCUUUGCUCUGGUUAACAAUGGCAAUCCUUCAGAUCCUGUUGGAACCAGCAGCAGAGAGUUGGAUGUGCAGGUCUGAUUAUCUGAUCAAAGAUCUUAAGAGUCAAAAUGUCUGCUGCAUUUGGUUUAUGUUUAAAGAUAUUUUUUUGUUUUUUGGGGCAAAUUUUGGACUUUUGACAUCAUAGAGAGCUGAUCAUGGCCGAAAGUUAGAUUUCAGAAGCACCAAAACAAAAAAAAUCUGCAUUGUCAUGCUUUUCAUUCUAGAUUAACAGCUUUUUUUUUUUUUGGGGGGGGGGGGGGGGGGGGGGGAGGCUCAAUUAGGUUAGCAGCUUUUAGGAACACUUAGUUAUUGGAUGGUGAAUCCAUUGAUACAUUAUUGCCAGUUAGAUCUGUAGAUGUAGAUCAAGAAUUAUGCAUAGCAUCAUUUUCAGCUGUUGCUGGGGGGGGGGGGGGGGUGUUUUUCGGGAUUGUAGUACCCAACUCAUGUUAUCGAGUUAGGACAUAUUUUAUAGCUGGAUCAGAUGGUGUUAUCUGCUUCUUUUGACUGCUUGCUUAUUUUUCCUGCUGCUGGUCUUCCAACUCAUUCGUGAUGGAUAUAAGGGCUGGAAAAGUUUGUGGGUGAAGUUUCGCUAAAAUGAAUUUGGAAGCAACUGGUCCUAGUGAUUAAAAAAAUCGAUCAUUAUCCAGGCAUAUAGUUUCCAGGACCUUUGGUGAUUCAUGGUGGGUAAAAAUGCAGUUUCAGAAGAUGUUUGUUGACUACCGUGCGGCCUCACCAGGUGAAUAUCAGUGCACGCCGAUGUAAAAGAAUGGAGGAUUCCCUUUUUCUUUUGUUUUCUUUUCUUUUUGUAAGGUUUCAGUGAUCUGACACUGAGAGAGCUAGCUAUAAGAAAAAGGGGAGGGGUGAUCUGUCCAAAUUUGUAUUUUGACCAGAUGGUAGAUGCUGGUGCCGUCUAUGUUUUCCUUCUACCGUACAAGUACUUUACUAUAUUUGUAUGAAUGCUUUACUGCUGGGAAGCUAUAUUUGGUCGCA